AUGGCAGUGAAUGAUGUACCAUUCCCACCGUUUACGGUGUUCGCAGAAUUUAUUCGUGAGCAGUCAAGGAUUAAGAACAACCCAUCAUUUUCCUAUGGUGUUGACACGAGAGGAGACAGACAAGUGAGAAACCAGCGAGACAGAGUGUUGAAUGUUUCUUCAAGGAAAACAGAGGUUGCACAACCCAGAAAAGAAAAUUCCUCAGACCGGAAGUGCCCCUUACACAACACCUUUCAUACAUUGAACAAGUGCAAGGGGUUCAAGCAGAAGUCAUUAGAAGAGAGAAGGAAGUUCUUAAAAGAGAAUAAUAUAUGUUUCCGUUGCUGUGACUCUCGUUCCCACAAGAUGCGUGAUUGUCGAGCAGCAGUCAAGUGUGAGGAUUGUGACAGUUCAACCCAUCCGACAGCACUUCAUGUGGAGACUCAGAGUAGGAGACACUAUGGCGGGGAGUCGCAGAAUUCAUUAGAUGUCAACUCUGCAUGUACGAAGAUUUGCAGAAAGCAGUUUGGAGGCAAGUCUUGCUCCAAAACUGUGCUCGUGCGUGUGUAUCCUCAAGGAGAACCUCAGUUAGCAGUCAAUAUGUAUGCGGUCAUAGACGAUCAAUCAAACCGCUCACUUGCAAGCCCCAGAUUCUUUACCUAUUUCGAAUGUGGAAGUGAAGCAAUAACCUAUACACUUUCAUCUUGUGGAGGCACUAUACAGACCUUUGGAAGGAAGGCAGAAGGAUUUGUUGCGGAGGCAUAUGGCGGUGGAUGUGUCCUGAACCUUCCAGCCCUCAUCGAAUGUCAGCAGGUUCCUUGUGCACGGGAUGAGAUCCCUACACCGGAAGUGGCUUUACAUUACAGUCAUCUGGCCGACAUAGCAAAGCUAAUACCUCCACUAGAUCCGGAUGCUGACAUCUUGUUACUACUUGGAAGAGAUUUGAUAGAAGCGCACCAUGUAUUUGAUCAGCGUAUUGGACAAGGCAAUCAACCCUAUGGACAGAAACUACAUCUGGGGUGGACCAUAAUUGGUGAGACAUGCCUUGGCAAGACUCAUGCACCUACACAGGUUACAACCUACAAGACUCAUUUACUGGGAUCGGGCCGUGUAUCCUUACUUCCACCAUGUACGAAUGAGUUCAAGAUACGAGAAAACCUGAACUAUGUGACGUAUGGCAUGGACACUGGAAAACCCCCAUCAUUGUAUGACAAUGAAGACUUUGGUAAGAAUGUUUUCCAAAGAACACAAGAUGAUGAGAAACCAGGUAUGUCUGUGGACGACUUGACAUUUCUCAAGAUAAUGGACCAGGAAUUUCAGAAGAGCGAGAAUGGGCAUUGGACAGCUCCACUCCCAUUUCGACAGCCACAUAGUAAACUGCCAAACAACAGGGACAGUGCUCUAAAAAGAGCCAAAGCACUAGAAGCUAGUCUACGGAGGGAUGCAGUGAAGAAGGAACACUUCCUUACCUUCAUGGAUGGACUGAUAAAGAAUCGCCAUGCAGAGAUCGCGCCACCUCUGACACAGACGGAUGAAUGCUGGUACUUGCCUAUAUUUGGUAUAUAUCAUCCAAAGAAACCAAACCAGCUGAGAGCAGUUUUCGACUCCUCUGCUAAGUAUGGUGGAAUAUCUCUCAAUGACGUCCUUCUUACUGGCCCUGAUCUCACCAACAGCCUGUUAGGAGUUUUGAUGAGAUUUCGUCAAGAAGCUGUUGCUAUUAUGGGCGACAUACAACAGAUGUUUUAUUGCUUCAAAGUGCGGGAGGACCAUCGCAACUUUUUGCGAUUUUUCUGGUUUCGAGAUAAUGACCCAGAUCAGCCUCUGACAGAGUAUCGUAUGACGGUACAUGUUUUUGGCAACCGACCCUCCCCGGCAGUUGCCACAUACGGACUCCGUAGAGCUGCACUGAUGGCAGAGUCUACAUUCGGUAAAGAUGUGAUAGACUUUGUUGUGAACAAUUUCUAUGUAGACGAUGGUCUUGUUUCUGUACCUGCCCCAUCAGAGGCAAUUGAUCUCAUGAAGAGGACGCAGAGAGCUUUGAUGUCAGAAGGCGGCUUGCGAUUGCACAAGAUUGCAUCAAAUCAGUCAGAGGUCUUAAGCGCCUUCCCCCCAGAAGAUCUUGCAAAGGAUAUGAAGGACUUAGAAUUCGGAAUUGACCUGCUUCCAAGUCAACGCAGUUUGGGCCUCAACUGGAACUUGGAAACUGACGCCUUCUUCUUUGAGGUUAUGAUGCAAGACAAACCGUUCACCAGAAGAGACGUACUGUCAUGCAUAAACAGUAUAUUCCAUCCCCUUGGAUUCGCAGCGCCCGUCAUCAUAGAAGGAAAAAGCAUUCUGAGGAACCUGGUUCUUGGCACCAUACACUGGGAUGAUCCAUUACCCUUAGACCAGCUAAAUACUUGGACACAGUGGAGAGACUCUUUAUCUCACUUAGAGAAUUACACAUCUCACGGAAUUACUCACCUGAGUCCCUGCAACUGUGUAAGGACAAAUCCAUCCAUGUAUUUUGCGACGCUUCAGAACUCGCCAUUGCGGCAGUUGGUUAUAUGA